AUGUCUUCUUCAUGGAAAGAGCUAGUAAAAUUCCGAAUUCCUCUGGAAGAAAUCAGAAAGGCAACAAACGAAUUCAAUCCCGAAAAUCAAAUCGGCAAUGGUGGAUUUGGUACUGUAUACAAAGGUAAACUCUCACAGAAAUGGUCAGAAGCUGAUGUAGCCUUCAAAUGUCUUGAUCCGCAGUGUUAUCAAGGAAGCCACGAGUUCUAUAAUGAAGUCAUGAUAGUUUCAAAGUUCAAAGAUCCUAACAUCAUUUCUUUCAUUGGUUACUGCAAUGAAGACAGCAAGAUGAUUAUAGUUUAUGAAUACGCUAACCAAGGAAGCCUUGAUUCUCAUCUCGCACGCCCAGAUUUGAAGCGUAGCUUAACAUGGGAAAAACGGCUAAAGAUUUGCUUAGGGGCAGCAACCGGACUCAUGAACCUUCACGCGCACUCUAAUCUUGAGAAUCAAGAAAUUGUAAUUCAUAGAGAUGUGAAGAGUGCAAAUAUAUUGUUAGAUGAAGAUUUGAAUGCCAAAAUUUGUGAUUUUGGUUUGUCAAAAUUUGGUCCAAAAGAUUCUACACAUACCCAAAUGUUUACAAGGCCAGCUGGUACAAAUUUUUACAUAGAUCCUUAUUACAACGCAACUCAUCGGCUCUCGGGAAAAGCAGAUGUAUACUCAUUUGGAGUGGUUUUGUUUGAAAUGUUGAGAGGGACUUUGGCUUAUCUUGCAUUGCCAAUUGAAGAUGAUAAGAAUGAAUAUCUAAUUGGUCAAGUGUGGAGACUCUAUGACAAACAUCCGAAGAAGUUAAUUGAUCCCUUUUUAAGCAGUGGCAUUGAUGAGAAGUCUUUUGAAAAAUUCAAAGAAGUUGCAUUUGAUUGCAUUCAGGUUGAUGCUGGAAAUCGCCCUUCGAUGAGUAUGGUCAUGCAGAAGCUUCAGUUAGCCGUGAAAUUUCAUGACAUAGCCCAAAAUAGCCAUCAAAACUGAAAUAGAGGGCAAUACCUCAGCAUUUGCGUUCCUCUCUAUAAUGCAUCAAUCAAAGGUGAUUGGGAAGCUGCUCAAGCCAUCCUUGAUAAACACCAAGAUCUAGAUUUGGUAGGAUAUGCUAUAAGUGAAAACUAUGAUACUGCACUUCACAUUGCAGCAUCUGCCAAAAGUAGCAAAUCAAUAGAAAAUUUUGUAGAAAAUCUAGUGGACAAUAUGACAAAGGAACAGUUAGAACUCAAGAAUGAUAACGACAAUACUGCAUUUUGUUUAGCAGCAGCCGGUGGAAAUGUCAAAACCGUUAUGACUAUGUUGGAAAAGAACGGGAUCCUUGGGGAUAUCACUGGCAGUAAUGGAAUGAUGCCACUCUAUAUGGUAUCAUUAUUUGGAAAACAUGAAAUGGUGAAUUAUCUUUAUAAAAAUUCCAGGGAGAUGCAUGGAGAUAGUUGGACAAAUAAGAAUCGUAGUUGGGUUCUACAGAAAUGUGUGGAAGCUGAUCAAUAUGUAUCCCGAUGGCCAGCACUUGCAAAAAGUGGGAUUUUACUUGGAGUUUUGGCUCGAAAACCUGAUGCAUUUAGGGGGAUAAAACCGCAUUUUAUCUGGAGAAUCAUAUGUCCAAUUUUGGCGUUGAUUCAUGUGAAGGUUGGGCCUUCUGAAAAAGAAACCGAUGCCAUGGAAUUACUAAAAAUUAUUUGGUCAGAAAUUGUGAAAUUAUCUAAAGAUGAAAUCAAUAGUAUUAUUAGAGGUCCAGCUGACAUACCAACAAAUAGUGGAAAAGAAAAGGAAGAUGUCGAGCAACUACUUGGGUCCAUUUUGGAAAAUGUUGCAAAGAUGCCCAAUAGAAUUCAUAACCUAUGGAGUAGAAAGCCUAUCGAUCAUGAACCAAAAAGUGUAAAUCAAAAGUUUUCUUCCCGCGUACUAUUUGUGGCUGCAGAGAUGGGAAACACUGAAUUUCUAGUGGAGCUCAUUCGCCAAUAUCCAGAUUUAAUAUGGAAGAAAAAUGAUAACGAACAAACUAUAUUUCAUGUUGCUAUAUCACAUCAUCAUGAGGGUAUCUACAAUCUUCUACAUGAGAUUGGCUCGAUGAAAGAUAUGAUAACACCUCUGAAGGACCUGAAAGGAAAUAAUAUGUUACAUUUAGUUGGGAAGUGUGCAAAGAAAAAGAGACUUCAAGUAAUUUCAGGGGUUGCUUUGCAAAUGCAACGAGAGUUGUUGUGGUUCAAGGAAGUAGAAGGUAUGAUUCCUCCUUCAUAUCGAGAAAGGAAGAACAAUGAUGGUCUAACACCACAUGAACUGUUCAGCAAGGAGCACAAAGAGCUACUCGCUUCAGGUGAAAAGUGGAUGAAAGAGACAGCUAGUCAAAGUAUGGUGGUGGCAGCUCUUAUAGCUACCAUUGUUUUUGCAGCAGCAUUUACGGUUCCUGGUGGUUAUAAUCAAAAUAACGGUGUUCCUAUGUUCUUUCAAAAAAGAUCAUUCAUAGUAUUUGUCAUAUCAGAUGCCAUUUCUUUGACAUUCUCGUCCAUUUCACUCCUAAUAUUUUUAUCUAUCCUCACAUCUCGCUAUGCUGAAGAUGAUUUCUUGGAAUUAUUACCCAAAAGGCUGAUGAGAGGCCUAACAACACUCUUCUUUUCUAUCGCAGCCAUGAUGGUCGCUUUUAGUGUUAGUUUUUUCGUCCUUUAUCAUAACAACUUGAUAUGGAUACCUAUUGUUAUCAGUGCAAUUGCUUCCAUACCGCUCUUUUUAUAUGCUAGACUUCAGUAUGAUCUUCUGGGGGAUGUUUAUAACUCAACAUAUACUUCUAAGAAUCUCUUCAAGCCAGAAAAGCUAAAGAUUUACUAUCAAAAUCCAAAGCACUAAUACCUAGUCGAUUGGGUAAUUGUAAUAUUCAUUUCAAGAUGUAUGAUUGCUAUGUCUUAGUUUGUAUCGGUUGAGAGUUUAUAUAUGUGAUAUGUGGAUGAUUAAUAUUUUUAUUGCCAAUUGUUAUGGA